AUGAGAACAUCGAAGCUGGUGAAUGUGUUGUCGGUGGCGGUGGCGACGUUGCUUCUUGUAGCGGCGAUUGCAAUCGGCAUUCCAGAAUGCAGGAACAUAUUCGAGUGCAGGAUUGAAUUUGUGCGCAAUCAGGGCAUCCUUCAGAUGGUGGCUGCAGCCUUCCUCUCGGUCGCCUCUGCCUGCUGCCUUGCCGACUUCUUUAGAAACCUGCACUGGCUGCGCGUAGCCAUGAUCAUCGCGGGUAGCCUCGGUGCGAUGUGCAAUCUGUCGGGAUCAGUAAUGGUGAUGUUCGAACUUGGCAGCAUUUGGGGACUGUGGCUGGGAACCAUCGCCAUGACAACCGCCAUGUCACUCACAAUCAGCGUCUCCCUUUCUCUGCUGCCACAAAAGCCAAUGGCAUCGCCCACGACACCGUAA